GCGUGCGUGCGAUGCGCUUGGGCGAGGUUUCGGUGCACUCGCUCUUAAUCUGCCGAUCAAGUGCCGUACUCGCAACGUAAUGCGUGGAAGCAGAUGCGACGGCCUCCCAGGAGUCAAACCAGGCAGCCCCAGGGCGAUCAACUUGUUCCAGGUACCGACGCCGGGACGCUCAUGGCUGUCGGCGCAAUGUGGAUGUCAUUUGUAUGGAUCGGGCGGUGCAGAGAAAUGCUUCUCUGGCGCCAAUUCCCGCUUGAGAUCGAGGAAGCUCUGCGGUCCGCUUGUGGGGCUGCCCGCCCUUCCGGCUACCCUGUCUACUUUCCCUGCGCUCCAGCGUCACUACUGAGAAGCAGCGGCGCAAGCUGCCGGUGGAAGGGGCAAGCGACUCUGGGGCGGAACGAAAACCUUGUGCCAUGCCCGUCCCUGGCCAGGCAGGCGGUAGUUCUGCAGCAGCCGGCGGAGAGCCAGCGCCGUCCAGGGAGCUCUCACACGCAUGUUUCGGUUCGCGAAUCGAUCGCUCAAGCCAGCAAAUGCACCACCAGGGCGAUGGACCGUGGGGCUUAUCCGAUAGUUCUGAUCCCUCCCAAUGCCUGUCAUCCCACUCUCCUCCAAGCUGCCGUGGCAUGCUGGGAACCAUACCCAAGUUGAGUUACUGGACUCCAUGGCCGACCACGACAUUGACGAAACACCCGAGGACGUGGGCUGGUCGAUCAUCCACUUCAUCAUCUUCCUGCAUUGUCUGCCUGUGCUCUACUG